AUGGCAUCAGAAGCAGAAUCAAAGAACGAACAUUGUCGCGGUGGCGGUUGCCAUAAAUGGGAACCGCCUUCUGAAGAAGAACGUCAACGACGUGAAGGUGAAUUCAAACAAGCUUUUUUGGAAGAAUAUCGCAAACGAUAUGGUGAUUCUCCUAUAACAGCAGAUCAAACUUGGGAAUUAUUCACGGCUUUGAAAGAGCAGUGGCGUGCAAAGAAAAUGGAACAUCGUGGCGGACAUCAUUCACCCGGUAAUCGAGACAAAUCGCCACGCGAUCGUUCGCAUUCGCCAGGUCGAUUUGAAGAAAGACGCAAACAGAUGAUCGAAGAGUUACAUACCGAUUUCCAAAAAGAUUAUGCAACUGCUCAUGGUAAUAAUAAGAUCAAUGCUGAACAAGCGUGGACAUUGAUUCAGCAAGUUAAGCAAAAGAAACGUGAGAAGUGGCAAAAUGAAUGGCAAAAGCAUGGACCUGGUGGUGGUGGUGGCCAUGGACAUGGUCAUCAUCAUGGUCACGGGCGUGGGCAUGGGCACGGGCACGGGCAUGGUCAUAGACCGGGAGGAAGCCGCUCACCACCUAAAGAUGAUUGA